UCUCUUUUCUCUUCUCUCUUAUUCCCACAUCCCAUAACACCCUCUCACUCAACUGCCGCAUUACUCCUACUAUAUUUGGUGAAUUAUAGAUGGAGAUUGAAUUGGUGAAGUGUGAGUGCUGUGGACUGAAGGAAGAGUGCACUCAGGACUACAUUAACGGAGUGAAGGCCAAGUUCGACGGGAAAUGGUUGUGUGGUUUGUGUUCCGAGGCUGUGAGAGACGAAGUCAGCAGAGGGAAGAAGCAAUUCGGAGUGGACGAGGCUGUUAAAGCUCACAUGUCGUUCUGUCGUAAGUACAAAUCGAAUCCGGCGAUUCGGGUCGCUGACGGGAUGAGGCAGAUGUUGAGAAGAAGAGCGGGGGACAGUUCUUCGUCGCCAUCUUCGUCCAAGAAGUAUUCAAGAUCAGCAAGCACUUCCCAAGUCGGAGAUAACUCCAGAUUCUCGUAUUACUAGAUAGAUAGGGAAA